AUGCAUAAGGCUGGCCCACCACCACCAUAUUCGCCUGAAAGUCCUCCGAAAUACUCAUACUCGGAAUCAUCACCUCUUCUUCCAAUAGUGACUGAGGACUAUCUUUCAGAAUCGGGAGAUGUGGAUAACAGGAAGAGUAGGAAAUUAUACAAAAAAUUACUCACUGUCAUCGGGGCGCUCCUGACUGCAUUCAUGAUUCUCAGUUCAGUAAUAUUACCUUUAUCUAUCAUUCGGAAUGGGAAAUCAGCAGCAAAAGUCGUAAAUCUUAAGGUUGGAAUUAUUGGUGCUGGACCCUCGGGGAUUGGUGUGGUUCAAGGUGUGAGAGAUGGGAUUUCACGAUUUAGUCGGGAUUUGAAAGACCCAAAUGUUGAUGUGCAAGUGGAGAUUGUUGUUUUUGAUGAAAAGACAAGAGUAGGCGGCAGGAUGGUGGUUGAGAGUACAACUGGCAUGGAGCUUGAGGUUGAAGAUGUUGCGAGCGGAACGCUUGAUGGAAAGCUAUUAAGUGUUAUUGGCGAGCUGGAAGAUGUGCAGAAAGAAAAAGAUAUGGCUAUUGAAAGCGAAAAUCUUGGGAUGGGAAAAGUUGGAUAUUUCAACACAAACAAUAUCGUUACCGGAACAUACCGACCUUAUGCUACCACUCCUUGGAAGCAUUACAUCUAUCUUUUCAUCAAGUAUGGACAUUCUGUUUGGCAGGCCCCAAGAAUCCCAACGGGAACCAUGAAAUCCGUCCAUACUUUCCUCCCUAAACUCAACACUACAGGGGUAUCCUCUAUCAGAGAUUUGACAUACAUAAUUUCCAACAAAAUUGGAUACACCCCCUUUAGCCUCCCCGCAACCGAAAGACUGAGAAGAAAUGGAGUGGAAGGAGCCUACAUACGAGAUAUACUAGCUCCACAAGUUCGGCGUCAUACCGGACAGUCGAUUGAGCAGAUAAGUGAUCUAACAUUAAGUAUUGCACUUGAGCGAGAAGAAUCCAGAUCUCCGAAGCCUGUGAAUCAUGGGUUCUUUCAAAUGGCAAUGGAGAGAUCAUUGAGAGAGAACAAAGCAAAACUACACCUCGGUGUAAAAGUCACACAAGCUCGCUGGGAAGAAGUCAUGGAGGAUCGUGCAAAGUGGGUGAUACAAUGGGAAAACACAGCACACAACGAGGACGCUCUAGGUUCUGAAGAAUUUGAUAAAAUCAUCAUUGCCACACCAUUUAACUACACAGAACUCUUAGGAGAAACACAGGAUGGUAAAUCACUCUACCCUCUCGACGAUGAUACCCAGGAUAUCGAAUACCGACCCUUAUAUAUCACAUUCUUCACCACUUCCUCACUCCUCACUUCUACCCUUCAUAAUGCCCCAUCCCCUCUACCCGCACAACUCCUCCCCAUCCUUGAUUCUCACCAACCCUCCACUUCCCCUUUCAACUCUCUUAUCGAACUUUCUCUCCUCCGCACCAUUUUCCCUCCUUUUCAAUCACCAGAUUUCCAUUCCCAUUCUCCCCACCCACCAAAUCCUCCAAAAUAUCUCCACCGCCUCCUCUCAUCCCAUCCCAUCUCCUCCACAUCCUUCUCUAGCAUCCUCCAUCUCCCCAACACAACAAAACUCGAAAAUUGGAACCAGCAAGAAAUUCCACACGCAUACCCACUCACCCACACCUUUCCCUCCAAUGCAAAAGAAGAAAAAGGGUCUCUGAAACUUGGAGAUCAUAUCUGGACAACGCGGGGAAUAGAGAGGGUAUUGGGGGAUCUAGUAGAGGGGGCAUGGAAUGCGGGGAGGAUGGUGGGAGGGAAUAUCGCAAGGGAGAUUUUUGACGAGGUGGGGGGGAAGGAGAUUGGAAAAUAG